CAUAACUUAAAAUAUGUCAGUCAUUGCCAUUGUUUUGUCUCAAGAUGCACACCAGUCAUGUUUUUUCCAAGGCACGUUUAUAAAAAGCUACUUAAAUGACCUAAUUUACGAAGGCUUAAUACUGGCUUAAUCUAAGCCCUGUCUGUGAAACCAGGCCUAGAAGUGUUUGACACAUGGGAUCAAAGCUGUCGUGUCCUCCCUGCCUGUAGUUGGCAGUGCGGCUUACUUUCGGUGUUUUGUACUGCUCGUGUUUCGGGAAGAAGAAACACGAACUCGUCGCGCGCUUGGAGUUUGUUUACAUUCCGUGAGGUUCGAGCUGACUUGUAAUUCCAAUAAAUGACAAUGUCAUGAGCUAUAAAUCUUAUAAAUCGCAUAAACUUCUAUUAUUUAAUCUAUUAUUUCAAAAUGUAAAAGAAUAAAACAUUGUAAAGUUCACAUAUGUAAGCUUAGCACGUCUAUAUACAGUCACUCUCAUAUACUUAUACACAUAUUAAGCUAUUAAGCGUCAUUCGAUCUGGUUCGGGCCAGAUCGUGUAGCGAUUUGGGUCUGGAUCCAUACGUUCUAACCGUGUCUGGUUUCAGUAAUGGCAGGUGCAGCGGAUCACCGUGACAGCGGGUCCGGUUCUGCUCUUCAGGCUGUGUUUGAGCAGCUGCGGUCCGCGUACACUCUCUCCCUGACCCUCACCAGCCCGCUGUGUCUGGCUGUCAUCGCUCUGGACCGGUACUUGAGCUUACAACAUUCUUCCGGUGAGAGCUACAGCUACGACCUGACGAUCACGGACGGCCAAUGGCGGAUGAAGUGUCAGCUGGCGGACAGUCUGACUCGGUGGGUCCGGACGGGCUCGCUGCGCUGCGGUGCCGGGGUCCUGGUGUCCCAGCUGUCAUUGGUUCACGAUGAGACGAGACUGAGUCACAGUUACUUGAGGAUAGACGGCAUUCACAGCGUCGUGGAGCUUCCUGAGAGAUUUCUGUCCAUUAAAGACGUAGAGGAAAUCCCGCAGUGGUGCCAGGACUAUGUGACCCGAUCCGAUGGACCCCUGCAGCUGAGCAGAAAAUAUUAUUUACCACUGUGGAUAAACGAUGAUCCUUAUGGGAGCGUAUGGAUCCCGAACAACCCACCUCCAGACGUGGUUAUUGAUGUCUCUAGAAUCACUCUUCUGGCGGAUCUGGACGCAUUCUUUCACAGCUCCAGACGGCCUCUCCCACUACUGGUCCGAAUUCUGCAUAGGUCCAGGAUCCGGUACUAUGGAAAACCAGGACAAAACAUUGACUUCCCAUUUCAGGUGUACUGUGAGGUGGCUGAUCAGAGUGGCGUCAUGUCUAUGGUUGUAUGGAAUGAUCUUUGUCCUGAGUGGUUUAACCGACUGACAGUUGGCUCGGUUCUAUAUCUGCAGCAGUACUCGUUGAAACACAGUUAUCAGAAGCGCUCUAGACCACAGAUCCGCACACUCUCUCUUAUGACUUUCCACUCCAUUGAGAUCUGCUUAAAUCCUCGAAGUCCUGCAUCUGUAGUGACGGUAAUUCCACCAAAAAGUGUUCAGCCUCAGUGGGGUCUGCCUGAUGUCCCAUACAACUUUGCCACAAGGUCAGAGGUGGACUCGAUGAACAGUAACCAAGCCUGUGAUGUCAUUGGUCUAGUGACUUAUGUGGGCAGGGUUGAGCGAAUCAGGAGCAAGGAAAAGACAGGACCUGAAAAGUUUUGGGCGUAUCGCUGGGUACAUGCAGUGGAUGGGACAAAUGACUCUCCCUUUAUCCUGGAGAUCUUCUCCUCAUCCCAGCCAGAGAUCUUCAACAACAUCUGCCCUAUGACGUAUCUGGUGUGCACUCAGAUGAGAGUGUGUGAGACAGGCUGUUCGGUGUAUCUGACCAGUAGCACAGAAACACAGCUCUUCAUCACAGGCUGCCAUAAAAAGCAGCCCUAUGUCAAUGAGCCAAAGGUUAAAGCGUUCAUCCAGUGGACCAAGACACUAAAGGACAGUGUCAUGCUGCGGAGGACUGCAGUUGGAGGACACUACUGCUACCCUCCUGCCCCACCCACCUUCACACCAACCACCAAUACCAACAUGACCAAUGAGUUAUCAAUUACAGCCAUUGCUGAGCUGAAGGGGGAGCUGGAGAGUCUGCAGUACAGGGAGCGCAGGAGAGUGGCUGUACAGGGUUAUGUAGCUGCUGUGCAGUACCACACCUGGCCACCACAGCCUGAACCUCCACAUAGUGAACAACAGCAGGAGAGCGUCUCAGUACAAGGGGUCAGUGACACUGGAGCUGCCAUUCCUCCCUCCACAAAGGAUGCGAUGACUCUGUCACAGAGAGAAAUGGAUUCAACCUCGCCUGAUUCGGACAUUACAGUCUCACCCAAACGCAGGAGAGUGCAGACAGGCUCUAGAUUGCAUCGUCAGUAUUUCACCAGAUCCAAAAUGCAGUCCAACAGCGCAGGUAUCCAGGUGGCCUUUACCUCUCUUGAAGAGGAGGAAGAAGAACAAUGGGACGAAGGGGAUUUGGAGUUAGAGGAAUCUGAGGGUGAAGACGAACACACAUCAGUUAGGAAGUCAGCUGUAGGAAAAGAGACUGACCAGACAUCGCAAGUCCCAGGUGUACAGCAAGCUGCUAGCCACCCCUCUGCAUUAUGGGAGAGCAAAGUCUGGCCAUUAGUGAAACAGGAAGUGGCAGAUCACUUUUGCUGUGGCAGACUCGAUCAAGAAAGCAUUCCUGAAAAAUUCCACUUUGAUGACAGAGAAGUUCUACUACAUGACCUGAACCUGAGCCCAGCAAGAUGGAACCCCGAUCUGACCUCACAGACGCACACGCACACACCUGUGGCCUGCACCGGCUACUUCAUGCUCACGAUUCUGGGGCUGAAUCAAACGGCUGCGGUAGAUGUUCUGUUUGUGCCCGUUGUCUCAUCUGAUGACCCCAGAGCUGCUGGAGUGCCACAAACUCAGCAUGACAACUCACUGCUGUCCUGCAUUUCAUCAGGACGUCUGUAUGUUCAGCCAGACGGCAGCUGCCCUACACCAGGAUCGUUGAUGAGUUCUGCCCCUCAGCUGGAGUCGGAACGUGUGGUCUGUAUUGUUGAUCUGUGUCUGCUUGGAGAACACAGGGUAGAAAUGAUCUGCUCUAAACUCUACAGCACAGCAGACGUCUGCCAGCCCAGCAGCACUCAAUGAGAGGCCACGCAUCACGAAAAUGAUCAUGAAAAAAAAAGUCCUGUGCAUAUCAGAUGACAAAUGUGCUGGGACUGAUAUCAGUGUGUUCUUAUCUGUGUUGUUAUUUUAGGGGAUUGGAAGACUAAUUUUAUGUGUAAAGUGACUUUUUUUGUUAUUUUGAAAGGUUUUUUUUUUUGUUGUUGUAUUAAUAAAAUAUGGUUAUAACCUUUUGUUUGUACUUUCAGGAAACGUUUUAGAAAAAAUAAACUCAAAACGUUCUUUAAAUAUA